UUUUGGUGUAAAUAUCUAUUUAUUUAGUAAAAGAAAAAUCCCUUCACCACAAUAGACAUUUUAAAAGACAUUUUUUUCACACACACACACACAAAGAAAAUUUAAUAUCGCAAUACAUAUUAACCCAAGGUUAAACGUAGACGGUCGCCAUUUUGAAAUUUUUUUUUCGAUCGCAAAUUAGUUACCACAUAAUUUUUUGAAAAUACAAAGUUUACAAAAAUGGUUUCAACACAUAUUAUUUCAAAUUACGAUGUACGAAAGGGCCGUGCUUUUUCAUUAUUCGACUGGAUUGGAAAAGUGAAAUGUAAGAAGAUGGAAAUGCGUCGCAAGCGACGUAGUCAAGAUUUACGUGUGGCGGCCAUUUUGACAACGGCCUUAAUAAGCGCUGAACGAGAAAUGCGUAUCAAACAACAGGAACGUGCAUUGAAAUGGGCCAAACUAAAUUUAGAAAUUAGUCAACAAAGUGAACCAAAAUCAGCCGAGGAAGAGGAAAAGCAUAAGCGAGAAGUUAGCGAAAUGUGGAAUAGUGAAUUGAGUGAAUUAGAUGAAUUUAUAAAUAGUUUGAGCCAAAUUAAAACAUCGAUAGUGCGAUAAAGAGAGAGAGGGAGAGAGAGAAAGAGAGGGAGAGGGAGAAGAAAAAACCAAUAACGUGAUACGCGCACACACAUAUAGGAAAUAUACAGAAAAUCAAAAGCAGUCGUCGGACAAAGAAAUCCUUCCUUUUAUCCACAACCUCACAUCAAACAAAUCCACAAAGAAAUGAUAGAGAAACGCAGAUUUCAUUUAGCCAAUUAGUUAAACAAAGAAAUGAAGAGAAAGAAAAUAGCUAUUUUUUGCCUUUUGUUCGAACAAGAUGAAAUUAAUUUCACAUUUAGGGUCUUGUUUUUGCAAACUUAUAGAAUUUCCGUAUAAUUCUAAAUUUCUUUUCGUUUAAAUUGUGAUAUGGCAAAUAUACUAUGCUAGAUUUUUCAU